AUGAGUUUUAUCCAAGAAGAAACAGAAGCACAUCCUUUGGGAUACACAAGAUUGCGACUGCGGAAGAGUGACGCUUUUGAUCACAAUUUGACGCGCUACUUGGACACUGAUGGUUUCCUGGAUAGUAGGAAUUUGAUUCGUGACCUCUAUACAGCGAUCAACGAUGCUAUUUUUAGUGGAGGUACUAUUGCCUCAGAAAGCCUUUACCUCAGAAAACAUCUGAAAAUUGACAAGGGUUCCAUCAGCAAGUUGGCCUUCCGCUGGGUUGGAACACUGUUUAAAGACUUGCUAAUCGAAGUAGACAUUGUACCUACCAUCAAACCAUCUUUGUGGACACCUAAAUGUAUUGAAGUGAAUCAUUCUGGCCUCAUAACGUCCCCAAAAGAAAGGAAAACUAGCAUAGUUCUCAAAACACCAAAUCCACGCUUGGUAAAGAACUGGAAUGGACAUUUUCGCAUAUCGGUGUCUGAAUAUGAAGCCCAGAUUUUGCAAAAUAUACCCCUUCCUGUUCUGCGUGGAUACAUCUUGCUAAAGUCGCUAAAGGACACCUUGUACAUGCCACAAAUAUACGACCACGAUCAGAGAGAUGGCCUGAUGGAGGCAACUAUAUCUUCAUACAUGUUGAAGACGUGUUUUCUGCACGAGCUCAAGGCGGCCAAGGAUGCUUGUGACCCGACGCUGGAGCUGGCUCGAGAGAGCAAGUCAGAUGAAGUCAGCAUAACAUGGGCGAAGAGGAUCAUCGAGCGUAUGGAAUUAUCCAUCGAAAGAAGUGAGUUGAAGAGCUUCUUUGUGUCUGGAGUGAACUUACUUGUCAACCAUAGCAUGACAGUUGUCAAUGAUCAAUACAUACUGGAAGCUGAAUGUCAGUGUCUGCGUCAUCUGCUAAAUGUAGCUACACUGCAUCAGUUCAAUGACUAA